AUGUCAAAUCCACCUCAAAACCAUCUAAACCACUAUCAUCCACCAACGUCCCAGCCUGCUCCCAGUCUUGAGAAGCAAUGUGCAGAAGCAAUCAGAACGACUCAAUACUCCAAUAUGAUUUUACCAUUGAAUUAUGAUCCAAGAAGCUACAAUAAUAUUCCAGUUCGGCCGAUUUCCAGCCAAGAGGACUUGAAUGCGCGAAGGCUCCGCGCGCGCGAAGAGAAAAAGGAAUUUUAUGACAAAGUUAAUCAAAGUUAUGAAGAAAGAGUUGAGGCUGCAAUCAAGGAGAACGAUGUGAGCAUGAAAAAGUGGUAGGUUAGUUUUAAAGUGUUUGUAAACAAAGUUCUUGUUAUUGUUUGUUUUGUAAAGAAAGUUUUUGCCAUUUUUGACGUUGUAAGGAAAGUUCUUGCCACUUCACAAAGAUAUAAGAGUACUUUUAAUUUCUGCAGGCUGCAGGUGACAAUUUAUACGAUAGAUAGAAAUAUUAAGUCUGUAAAGAAAGUUCUUGCCAUUUUUGCUCAAAAGAAGACGAAUCAGCACUGUGCAGCCUGCGGGUGCCAUUUUAUACGAUGAAAGAUGCAUUUUCGCGUUUUUUUUGAAUUUCAAAGAUUGUAUAGAAAGUUUUUGCAAUUUUAUGAACACUUUUAAAAAAAGAGUUAUUUUUCUUUCGUAAAUAAAGUUUUUGCACUCAAUUUAAAUUUUUUUUAAAUAGAUAUUUUAGGUUUCAAAAGUCAGUGGUAGAUCAACAACUUCGCGCUAUGAAUGAGAUGUUCCAACAACAAUAUAAGGUAAAAUACGUUACGGGAAAGGCUGGUCGUUAAAUUUGUAAAGAUAGUUUUUGCCAUUUUCCGUUUUGUAAAGAAAGUUCUUGCCAUUUCAUUUAUUGUAAAGAAAGUUCUUGGUUAUUGCCAUUUCAAUCUUGAAACUUUUUUCAAAUUCCAAUUUCAGAAGCGAGUUCGUCGCGCACACAAGCCAGCUCGAGACCGAAGUCGUCAACUGUCUCUUCAGCAACCCAAAAACGAGAAUAAUAUUGUUCAUGGUCGUCGAUAUUCGGACUCUCAAGGCAUGGCACAACCUCAGACUGCUGAAGAAAAAGUGCAAUAUUAUUAUCUGGAAAAUGCGACCGACCAACGCAGUAUUGCCAUGAUCAAUCAGUACAAAAAGUAAGAUUUUGUUGAGGAAGGUAGGAUAAUAUUAAGUGCGCUGGCUUUGAUGUGAUUUUUCCAUAGUUUUUAAGAGUUUUCCCUGAGGGUGUUAUAGCUUAAAAUGGCCGCAACAGUUUUUCGAGUGUUUUGAGUACAAUUUUUGAUCGUUAGAAUUAUGUUUUAUAACCGAAAAAAACCAAGAUUGACCAAGCAAGUAUAAUAUCGGGUGCGCUGGCUUUGACGUGAUUUUUCAGUAGUUUUUAAGUAUUUUUUCUUACGGUGUUAUAGCUUAAAAUUUCCGCAGUGGUCUGGUGAGUAUUUUGAGUAUAAAUACUAGUUGCUACAAUACUGUUUGGUAUGAGAAAAGGCCGAAAAGCUUGACCAAGCAAGUAUAAUAUCAGGUGCGCUGGAGUUAAAGUGAUUUUUCAAUAGUUUUAAAGUAUUUUUCCUGAGGGUGUUAUAGCUUAAAAUGAUCGUAUGAGUCUAGUGAAUAGUUUGAGUGUGUGCUCAAUAUUGUUAAAUUUAGUUACCGGUCGAAGAAGAUGCGAAAAUGUCAGCAAAAGUAGGAUAAUACUGGUUGUGCCGCACGUCAAGAAAAAAUAAAAGAAAAACAAUUAUCCAGAGAAAAUCGCUUGGCAUUCCGCAACAAGAGGAAACAAAUAGUAUGUUAACUUUAUUUUUUCGACACGUUAAAGUGCAGAUAUCACAAAAGUGUUUAAUAAAAAUUAAAAAGCAACACUUCAAUUCCCUAAUUUAAAAAAUCUCUUUGUGUUUGAGCGCAUAAUAAAAAUUUGGUUUCCAUCUUAAAAAUACGCUUUUCCAAAAUCUAAAAUACGCCAUAACUUUGCAACGAGCACAUGAGCAGCUAUAGCGGUAGUAACAGUUAGAUUAAGGAGGUAAUAAGGAAUAAUUUGAUGCUAAAAACGUCUGAUUCUAUGGAGUAGAACUUGAGUUAUCAAGAGAUAUCAGUUUCAUGUUAUCCAUGCAGAAAUUUUUCAUUAAUUUUUUGGCGGGAUUUUCCUCUGAAAAUUAUUUUACCUUGUUUUUUAUUUAAUAAGAAUCUUUAAUUGUUGUAUUUUUUACCUUCUUUAUCCUUAAAUAACCUCGAAACUACAUUAAUAAUAAACCCGAAAGACAUUUUCGAACAAGAAAAGCUAAAGAAAAAAUAUUUUUCCGCUGUUUGAGAAAUGCCAAAAAUCUGUUCAAGACGCAAAAGCAAAAUCGUUUUUUCUUGAUGUGUGCCGGCUUUGAUGUGAUUUUUUGGUAAUUUUUAGGUAAUUUCCUUGAGAGUGUUAUAGUUUAAAAUGACCGCAAGAUCAUCGUGAAUAUUUUAUGUAUAAAUUUAUUACUGUAACAUUUCGAUUCGAAAAAAUUACAAAAUGUUUGAGUAAAAUAGGUUAAUAUUAGGCAAUCGUCAAAUUUGAACAGAUAUUUGAUUUUGCGUAUUUUACAUUACUAAUAGAUUAAGUAAUGUUUUUCAGAUCACAACAAGCCGCAGAAGGUCGUCCAGCUACUUCGAACGUGUUUAUGUCACUAAACGGCUUGUCAUCUUCAUCUAAUAACAAGAAUUUGAAUGCUCCUUCGAUUAAACUUGAACCGGAUGAGCCGAUGAAAUCAAGAUUUCAAGAAGGUACGGUUCAAAAUAUACAUUCUGACUACGAUUCUGCCACUGAGUUGGACAAAUUAUUCGAUUUUUUAACUUAA